AUGAACUUGAACAACAGAGGUAACGUUUGUCAACGGAGCGGGCGGGCGAACAGUCGAUACCCAUCGUGGUCAUCGUCGUCCAGUCGUGCAGUUUCCAGGAAUUUACGUCAUCCGUCUUGUAGUGGUUUCAGGCCACGAUGUAAUCCAAGUGUAAGAGGAAACGGAGGUGGCGGAAGCGGGCGAUUCGGCUUCGCAGGCGGAGCGUUUUUCGGAAACCGACCCCCUUACGCCGUACAUCCGCCUCCGCCAGAGCUCCUAAGCUAUUCUGGUCAAGACCUAAGCUCGUCUCCCGAAACGCAGAGUUCUUCAAGCGAUGGUGGAACCAAGCGUCCGAUUCCCGGCUUCUACUGGGACGAUGUGCGACAGCGGUAUUUCCGGAUAUUGCCGGACCAGUAUCGCGGGUGUUCUCGGUUCGUCACCACCGCCGACGAGGUGAACAGGCAUCGACGGCAGGAACUCGAGCAAGAAGAGGCAUUAUUGUUGAAUCGGCCGUUCAGAGGAUUACACCUGCAGUCGAAGAAAGAAAUGGUCAGCCGUCAGCGAUCCGCUCCCGCACUGCUGAUGACCCCUGCUAGCCAACAAAGCCUGCCUCAAGGACCCCCCUUGCGUCAGCUAGUGGUCGGCCAGGAGUACGGCAUGGUCAACCGCGAACAUCUGAAGAUCUUCGACUACCCGGACGAGACGCUGGACAACUGCCAGUUUCUGGACGGCUGCUCAGACGGACGGACGGUUCUCGGUGUGUGGACAAUCAAAGAAAGACCAUGGACCCGUAUCAUGUGUCUGAACGUUACAGUGGACCGCACUUCGGUCAGCGAAUCGUCGUACGGUCUGCACAUGGCCCCCACCGAUAAUUACAUCUACGUCAUGGAACGCAAUGCGGUCGACUUUUGUCGCGCGCAGAUGAACACUGGUGUCACCUGCACCCUGCACAUCACCAUUCCGUCCAGAACCACAGGUAGCCGUGUGUUCCUUCAACCGAUUCCUGAGCUGUGUUCUGUGACUAAUCCGGAGUAUCUGAACUCGGCGAUGUACAACGCACACUGGGGUAUGAACGAGAGUGCGUUUUCUUGUACCUGGGACACGAACCGCAUGCGGAUGUGCCUCGGCAUGGAGAAGUAUGGAAUGAUCCUCGAGGUGCUGAAUGGCUCUGGCUUUAAACUGUGGAGCAAAAAUCGUCAUGUACUGGCACCCAGAUUCUCCAAGAAUGGCGAUCUGAUCUUCAUGGGCCUGCGAGGAUCAGACAUCAUUUGUUCUGAUUUGCGACGACUAUGCAAUCGUGCAGUCUACACGCUUCCUCAGACUUUUUGUUGCUCGAUCACGCUGUUCGCCGAUGAUCGCUACAUGAUAGCUUCCAGUUUGACCGGCGAGGUAUGCUGA